AAAUUGCCCUAUCUGACCGCCGGUGUCUACGAGUCCAUGCGUCUAAAUCCUGCUGUAUUGGACAUGCUGCCGCGCAGUGCUCCGUGGGAUGGAGGCACCACCCAGGGGAAAUUUAUUCCCAGCCGCACCCAGAUCUGCGUGUCGAUUGACGCUUGCCAUCGCAAUCCGCGUACAUGGCCAAACCCAGAUGCCUUUGAUCUAGAGAGAUUCCUGGGCGAGAACGCUGAGGUGCGCAUGAGGGAUAUUCUUGCCUUUAGCUCUGGCGUCCGUGUGUGUAUCGGAAGAAACCUGGCUAUGACUGCACUGCCGGCAGAUGCCGCAUAUGACCUGCGCAGGUCCAACUCUGAAGGGGUACCGGUCGCGAUUCCUGCAGUCUCAUUUAUUGUUACCGGUCCAGCUAAUCCCAAGAGGGAUUGCUUGGUCAACAUCUCGGCUUGCUGAAUAGCUUUUAAGAUACAUGUGCU